AUGGCAGCGGUCAACGACGUCGUACUGCCAAGUUUUACAAAUAUUGGAGAGCCUACUAGUGCCUCGUCAGAUGAAUCGGCAAAUGUUUCCGUGAUCUACAGUAGUAUUCCACCUGACAUAAACAUGGAUUCCAUGUCUCGAGCCACCAAGUCGAGUGCAGGUGGAGAAAUGCUUCGUGUUUCAAAACGACCUGAUGGCAAACUCAGUAUUUUUGCUUGCGAUACAGCACAGCGCAACUCUUCUUCAGUUUACGACCGCGGACAUAGUUCAGUCUGUGUGGUUUGUCACCGAACUAUUGCCGAUCGGGAAAUGUUUUUGAACUUCCCGGACGAUUUGGACAGGCGAACGGUUGUGGGGAAACAUGCUGGGCUUCAAGUAUUCUGUAAGGUCUUUAAUUUCAACAAGGCUGCUAUCGAAACAUUAGGAAUGCCAACUGUAGCUUCUCCGAAUGUCAGAUUAACGCCAUCGAAAAAAUGGAUAUUCGCAGUUACCGUUAUUCAUUCGUUCUGUGAUAUUUUUAGGCGCAUUUUCGAAAUUGCUCGUAAUAAUUGCCGAUCUUCGCUUCUGGAUCCAGCAGUGAAGUGGUCGUCAUGGACAGACAGGAAUGUCUACCUAGCUUAUCAUGGAUGUGAACCACCACCUCGAACUCCACGAAAGAGGCCAGAUAGUAGGCUCUCAACACAGCAAGAGUCGUCUGAGCAUUCGAACACCUCGUCACCAGGAGUGCUUCACAACUCACCUAGCACGAACAAUGCAGCUCUUCCUUCACAGUCAACACCCUGUUCCACUGCAACGACCCCAAGCACGACACCAAGUUCCGUAAAAUCACAAACACCGCGAAUCACUCCUGCAAACAGUGCAAGCCUCUUCAUUACUCCACCAGGAAAUAGCUCGCAAUCGCUUACCACUCAACCUCAUUGCGUCACUAGGAAAACGCCGCAUCAGAAUCCACGUCGACCUCUCAUAUUUCCUUCUCCGGUCAAGCGUGAUUCUGCGGGAGUCAUCAAACCGUCGAAAACUAUGCUCCGACCGGUUCUACAAUUACGGAAACCACUUCUACCUGAUGACAUAGCACAAAAGCGGUCUAGUGAUGUCAGUACAGAUAUACAGAGCCAAAACGCAGAACAAAAAAGCACCAAUGAUGAGAAGUGCCGGUCGGUGGCUAAAAUCAUUUUGAAAGCUACUUCAACACCUCACCACACUCUUCUCGAUGCUCUCAACUUGAUGUCUGCCGAAGAAGAAGACGAGUCUGUAAUAGCUGACCCCGCCCUUACCAAGCCACUCUUCUCAAGCAGCGAUGUUCCUCAGGAGUUCACCAAUGUUCCUGCUCCACUGCUACCAGUUCCACGUCCAAGUAAAACCCGCAGACAACUGGAAUCUGUGGAAGCCAGACUGCGUAUUUUUGGUGACUGUUCUCGUGUCGAAGUCCCGUCAGGGUACACUGCAGUAGAAACGCACAGCGGUGUCCGUCUGAUCGAAGGAGGAGCCAACAUUCACGACGUCUCGAGCGUGAUCUGUCUACCUCGUGGACGGUUUGUUCCAGUCUCCCGCCAGUGA